GGAAAUUAAUUAAUAUCGCAUGAUAUGUUAUUUUUUCUAAGCAAUUUUCAUCUCUAUUUAUAGCUCUCCCUCUCAUCUUUUCUCUUCACCUCACUCACAUCCGCACUACCUCCCUCCCUUUCUCUCUCUCUCUCUCUCUCUCUGCUACCAGCUCUCCAAUUCUUCUUCUAUUCUUUCAAAUCUUUAUUCAAUUUCAUCUCUGCACUUUCCCUUAAUUUGCUUUAUUAGUCUGCAAUGGCCACUGUUGAGGUUGAAGCAACACCAGUCCCGGUUGCUGAGAUCCCAUCUGAGGAAGUGAAGAAGACUGAAGAGCAAACACCAGUAGAAGAGGUUGCAGCACCGGCCGCCCCAGAGUCCCCGGAACCGGAGCAAGUGCCAGCGGCAGCCGAAGCCGUCGUGGAAGAUGCACCUGCUGCCAAAGAACCCGAGGCAGCCCCCGCCGAGGUUGAGACCAAGGAGGUAAAGGAGGAGGCCACCAAGGUUGAGGCUGCAGAGGAGCCAGCAGUGGAAAAAACAGAAGAUAGCACUCCAGUGGCCAAACCUGAAAAGCCUGUUGCUCCUCAGGAGGAGACCGAAACCAAGACCACCGCUGAGGCUGCGGAGCCACCGGCCGCUCCUGCAGCCGAGGAGGCUGCUCCUCCUGCCGAGGAGGCACCGGCCGCUACGGAAGAGAAACCGGCUGAAGGAAAUGAGGAAGCCAACACAGAGGUCACAGUUGAAGUCGUUAAUACUGAGUAGAGGAAUUACGAGCGGGGCGUUCUUGUACACAAUUUUCUUUUACAAUUAUCUUGUACAAUCACUGCCAAGCGCGUUUUAUAAUAUUAUAUUAAUAUUAUAAAUCUCGCACGUACGUAGUUGUACAUUUUAAUUGUAGAUUUGAAUUGUGAAUCAAAAUCUUUGUCAAGAGGAUGAAGGGAGAAGCUAGGGGUAGUGAGAAGGGGUCCUUUAAAUUUAAUUAGAUUGCAUGUGAAAGUUGGUCGUUUAAGCUUUAUAUUUAUUUUUUAGUCUAUGGCUGUGAUGAAGGUAAUUAAGGCUUUGAAAGGGGUUUUGGACUUUUGGAGCUAGGUUAAAUAGUAGGCCCCAUUGGGUCCACGUCAGCAUACUUGCCGCGUGGCGCGCAUUCGUUGUGCCAGGGUGGAAUGCAGAGGAAGCAGGCUGUGUCACGUUGGGAUAUGGACGUUGGUGCCAAAGGGUCGAUGAGUUUGGUAUGGUGUGAUGAGAAGAGGUCUGCCUCUAGGGUUUGAAUAAUGAGUACUAUUAUAUUGUAGCCUUGUUUUGGUAAUAAGUAUUAUAAUAAGUACUAUUUUCUUUUC